UGGUUGUGUUUUGGUAGCAAAGGUGAGGUUACGUCGAGGUGCGUAGCUUUCAGUUAUGCGUUUGUAUUUAAUUAAUUAAACCAAAGUUAAGCUGUUACAGGAAGUGCCGCUUAAAACCGACAAGCCGUGCGGAGUAUAAGCAUUUGCCUUUUUCUGUUAAAUUUCGACAGAGACGUUUGUAGAGAAUGACUCGGUUGUUGCUGACGCUUGUUAGAUAGUUGAGAGGUUCCCAGACUGUCUUCUUCUCGUACUUGCUUAGGCUUAAACAGCGGUGAGCCACCGGAGAUAGUAGCAGAUACGUUGUAAAAGCAAAGUUGAGGUUUCCAGAAGAGGGAAAGCGUGUUUUUCGUGAUCAGUUAGUUUGGAAGUUAAUAUAUAUAUAUAUAUAUAUAUAUAUAUAUAUAUAUAUAUAUAUAUAUAUAUAUAUAUAUAUAUUAAUAUACGGCACAUCCGUCUUAUUUUUGUGAGCGAUCGUUUUGGAAUUUGGAUUACUAUUUUUGCAAGCAUAAGUAGCAACCUGUAGAUUUAUUCCUUUUCAACGAUAAUGUGGCCGUUUUUUUGUAUUUAUAUUGAUCUAGCUUGUAUGUUUCGCAUUAGGAAAAGCGAAUCUGUAAAUUGCAAUUGAUGCCGUAGUUUUAAUAGGCGAGUUUUAACAUUGGUUGUUUGGUACAUUUUCUUGACGGUGGAAUUUAAUGAAUAGAAAAACAUUUCAAUGGGUGUUGCUGAUGAAUCAUCAGAUAGUGUUGGUUUUUAAAAUAUAUAGUGUAUAUUGAAACUUGGUGAUCUGUCCAUAGCGGACUUUAGUUUAAUCUCCUUUUCACUGUUUAAGAUUGUAUGAUCUGCCGAAGAUUAGUCACCUUGAAGUGGAAAUAUAUAUAGUCAACAUUUUUUAGUAGCCACACAAGAAAAUGUCGGCUAUCUCGGCAGCAGAAAAGGUGGACGGGUUCACACGAAAAUCCGUGAGAAAAGCGCAGAAACAGAAGAGAUCGCAAGGCUCGUCUCAGUUCCGGACCCAGAGCAGCCUGGUCGAGCUUUCACCCUUACCACAGCUCAAAGAUGCCCCAACGACAGAGCAGCAAGAGCUGUUCUGUCAGAAGCUACAGCAGUGCUGCAUGUUGUUUGAUUUCAUGGACUCUGUUAUAGACCUGAAGAGCAAAGAAAUUAAACGAGCAACACUAAACGAACUGGUGGAUUUUGUGUCCACAAACAGGGGUGUGCUGGUUGAGGCAGCUUACCCUGAAAUUGCUGCAAUGAUUAGCAACAACAUUUUCCGAACACUUCCUCCCAGUGAGAACCCAGAUUUUGACCCUGAAGAGGAUGAACCCACUCUUGAGGCCUCAUGGCCCCAUAUACAGCUGGUGUACGAGUUUUUUCUAAGGUUCUUGGAAAAUCCUGAUUUCCAGCCUAGCAUUGCAAAGCGAUACAUUGACCAGAAGUUUGUGCUGCAGCUUUUGGAACUGUUUGACAGUGAAGAUCCACGAGAGCGAGACUUCUUAAAAACUGUGCUGCACCGGAUUUAUGGAAAAUUCCUGGGGUUAAGAGCAUUCAUCAGGAAGCAGAUAAACAAUAUCUUUUUGCGGUUCAUAUACGAAACUGAACAUUUUAAUGGAGUUGCCGAGCUGCUGGAGAUCUUGGGAAGUAUCAUCAACGGUUUUGCACUACCUUUAAAAGCAGAACACAAACAGUUUCUAAUGAAGGUUUUGAUUCCUAUGCACACAGCUAAGGGUCUGGCCCUGUUUCACGCACAGCUGGCUUACUGUGUUGUACAGUUCUUGGAAAAAGACCCCACCCUUACUGAAACGGUCAUUAGAGGAUUGCUGAAGUUUUGGCCAAAAACUUGCAGUCAAAAGGAGGUCAUGUUCUUGGGUGAAAUUGAGGAAAUCCUUGAUGUCAUUGAGCCCUCACAGUUUAAAAAGAUUCAGGAACCUCUGUUCAAGCAGAUUGCAAAGUGUGUCUCCAAUCCUCACUUUCAGGUAGCUGAACGAGCUUUAUAUUUCUGGAAUAAUGAAUAUAUUCUGAGUCUAAUUGAGGAAAACAUUGACAAAAUCCUACCAAUUAUGUUUGGUAGCUUGUACAGAAUCUCCAAAGAGCACUGGAACCCGACAAUUGUAGCACUGGUGUACAAUGUUUUAAAGACAUUAAUGGAGAUGAACGGCACACUGUUUGAUGAGUUAACCAGUUCAUAUAAAGCAGAAAGACAACGUGAGAAGAAGAAAGAGCAGGAGCGUGAGGAGCUGUGGCAGAAGCUGGACGAGCUCAGGGUGAAGGAAGCAUCCGGGAUGCUGAACAACACUCACAGCCUGCAGAACGCUCAGAACAAUAAUAACACGUGCACCAAAUGACACGGGAUCCACAAUACAGCCACAACGUCUACUGGAUGGGCAGCAUCAUUCUCUGCUUUUUUGAAACGUGUGAGAAAUAUCGAGAGAAAACCUCAUCAGUAUGUUAAAAAUAUAUAUAAAUAAAUAUAAGCCAAUUUGUGGCAAGCUAUAAAUAAGAAUCUGUGGACUUAAGAAUAUUUUUUGGGAUGUUAGUGUGGCCACAGCAGAUUUGUAACCUUGUCUAAUCAUUGAUUUAUUGUGUCACUUUUAGAGUUAUUUCACUGAGAAAUGAGUUUUAUUAUCAUUUAUGAUGAGCGAGGGGGGAAAAAUAAAAUAUGGGAGUGGUGAGAAUUAUGACCUGAACAUUUGAUUGUGCUGCACAUAGGCAAAUUAGUCAGCUAUUUAAAGUAAUGAUUUCCCUAUUUUAAUGUGCUUUCCCCACUGCUGCAGAACUGGAGGUGGGAGAGUGGUAACAGUUGUGCUGUUUCCUUGGAUAAAAGCAGAGGAUCUAUGUCCCUCACCUCCCCCAGGGUGCCCUUUCCUCCUGGGUGUUUUAUUUCCUUUCUAAAGAUAAAUUGUUUCUUUUUUUGCUACUGUAAUCUAUUUAAGACACAUGGGACUUAAAUACAGCCAUCAAUUAACUAUUUUAAGUAUUAAAUAUGAACUGUAGAACAUAAUGGGCACAGAGUAUUUUAAUUUCCUUAUUAAAGUAGAAAUUGAGUAAGUGAGAGUUAACAAGAUAUGAGCCAUAUUUUUCCACAGAAAAUUAAACACCUGGGUUUUAUUUCUAGAUGGAUGGAGCAUUAUCUUAACAUGGUGUAAAAGACUGUAAGAAGUUGACCACAGGGGGGAAAAAUGUAUGUUUGUAUUCUAUAUUUAGUUUUUUUUUCUGAUGCCUUUUGUCAGAGUACCAUUCCAUUCUGUUAACAUAAAAUUGUGUGGAAAACAGUUUUGUAAUGAAAGGCCUUCUUUGGGGUUUUCAACAUCAGUAAAUAAAGUCUACUUUGUUUCUA